GGAUUUGGUUACACAAAGUUUGGUGCUGUAAUUAAUUGAGUAUUAGGCAUUUACUGUCAUUAAGAUCUUAAGAGUUUGAUAGCAAUCGUACAUACAUAUGGCCCAGUCAGAGAAAACAGAGAAGAAGGCCCUAUCUUCUUCUUCUUCUGUGUUGGCUUUUUGUUUCUCUCUCUCUCUCUCUCUUUCUCUCAGCGCGUUUUUUUGCGAUCUCCGGUUUUUGGGUUUUCGCUAGCGCUAUUCUCUCUCCGCACUAUUGAAUCUGUCAAACCGUCCGAAUCUCUCUCUCUCUCUCUCUCUCUGUGUGUGUGUCUACUUUACAUUCUACUAGCAAGGUUAUAUCUUGUUUCUUCUUUGUGUUUAUUUAUGGGUUUUGUUGGAUUGACUGGUGUUCGAUCUGCUAAAGAGGUGUUGCUUUCUCUCUAAUUGGGGAAUUUUGAGUGUUUCCGAAACAUUCCCUGGCGUCGAAUUCUCGAUUUGGUUAAAGAUUUUGGGUACUUGAGAUCUUUGAUCCAACUCCGCCUAAUUGGUUAUGGGUGUGGUGAAUUUUGGUUUUUGAUUUGGGUAUGCAUUCAUUCAAGGGGGAGGCUUUUGCAAAGGGAAAAAAACAGGGAUUUUGAUUUGUUUGCUUUAAGUGGAUAGAAGAAAGGAAAGGGCAAAUAGAUCUCUGAUCCAUUCCAUUCCAUUAGCUUUUUCAUAAAGCAAAGGGAAACGGUUGGUGGAGAUUGACAUAAUAAUUUUUUUUUUUGUGCUUAUAGAAAGUGCUUUCCUUUUUAGAUUUGGGAAUUGAAUUUGCAGUGUUCUUCUGCAUCAACCCCGGGCUGCGUUAAUUGGAUGUAAUUGCAUGAUUGAAGGGGGGGUUAAAAGCUGAAAUUUAGCCUGCAAAAAAAGAAAACAAAGUUUUUUUGUAGGGAUUUUCUGGACAGUUUUUGUGACGGAUUCGUCUACUGAAAAUAGGGGGUGUGACUGCAUAGCUGGUCUGGAGUGCAUAUUAAAUAUUAUCAGGGCCCUUAGGAUGGGGUCCUGCUUGUCUUCCGAUAGCAGGAGCCCUCCCCCAAGUUCCCCUCUGGGGAUUAGGAAGAAGAAGGUCUCAAAGAAGAGACCCGGGUCUCGUAAUUCUUCCUUUGAUUGCAGGAGGGAAGAACAGUUGCAUAGGAUUCCGGGGCGAAUGUUCUUGAAUGGGUCCACUGAAGUUGCUUCACUCUUUACCCAGCAAGGCAAGAAAGGGACCAAUCAAGAUGCCAUGAUUGUUUGGGAGAAUUUUGGCUCAAGAACAGACAGAAUCUUUUGUGGCGUUUUCGAUGGGCAUGGUCCUUAUGGUCACAUGGUUGCAAGGAGGGUGAGAGAUUCCCUCCCCUCAAAAUUGAGUGCACAUUGGGAACUUAAUAUGAAGAGUGAUGAAGUUCUCAAAGAGAUCAGCCUUAGUAAGACUGGUAGCAUGAACUCUGAAGGUACUUCCUUUGUAUCUGCUGAUGAGGAAGCCAGGCCCUCCUUUGAUGUUGAAGAAACCGAAAAGCAGCCAGAGAUCUUUCAGACAUUGAAAGAGUCCAUCCUGAAGGCAUUUAAAGUCAUGGAUAAGGAACUAAAAAUGUACACAAAUAUUGACUGCUUUUGCAGUGGGACAACUGCAGUAACACUGGUGAAACAGGGCCAGUAUCUUGUGAUUGGAAAUGUUGGGGACUCGAGGGCUGUACUGGGUACAAGAGAUGAAGACGAUUCUAUUGUUGCGGUUCAGUUAACAGUGGACCUCAAACCAAAUCUUCCAGCGGAAGCAGAGAGGAUUAGAAAAUGUAAAGGCCGUGUGUUUGCCCUUCGAGAUGAACCUGAGGUUGCCCGAGUUUGGCUGCCAAACAAUGAUUCCCCUGGACUUGCAAUGGCCCGUGCUUUUGGAGAUUUCUGCCUCAAAGAUUUUGGACUGAUCUCCGUGCCUGAAAUUACUAUUCGAUGUCUAACCGACAAGGAUGAGUUUGUUGUCUUGGCAACAGAUGGGAUUUGGGAUGUGCUUUCAAAUAAUGAAGUGGUAGACAUUGUAGCGUCUGCCCCAUUGCGUUCCACUGCUGCUCGAGCUCUUGUUGAGUCUGCAGUUCGAGCAUGGAGGCGUAAAUACCCUACUUCCAAAGUCGAUGAUUGCGCUGUGGUUUGUCUCUUCCUAGAUUCAUGCUCGGGCAACAAUUUAUCCACUGAUUUCAAUAUCAAAUCCAAAGAGAAAAUUGUUCCAACAGAGCAAGGCAACAUUCGCAGUGUGAAAGAUGAUGAUCCUUCUCCCCCAACUGAGCUGGUUCGUUCUGGAACUGUUCGAGGUGAUGAAGAAACUGUUGCAGAAGAAAACAAAGAGGAGGAAGGCUUGGGAAAUGAGGAAGAAAUGCAAAUGGAAUCAGGAAUUGAAUGGUCUGCUUUGGAAGGAGUGUCUCGGGUAAACACACUAUUGACUUUGCCCAGGUAUGUUCCCGGUAAAGAGGAGAAGAAAGCUUCCUCAGAGACCAAGUCUCGGAAAUGAUCUUAGGUAUGAAAGUUUGUCGAUUUGAUUUUCUUUUAUUUUUCUUCUCACUAGCUAGUUCCUUGGUCUGUUUAUUUAUUAUUUUUUCCCCCGAAAUUUUAAAUAUUCUUUGUUUUCUCUUUGUUUAUGAUUUAUUUUUGUAUACAAAAGCCAAAAAAAAUUAAGCAAAAGCGAUUGUAGCAGCAUUGAUGUUUUGUUUAGGACCCGGAGAUCUGGGCCUAUCUAUGAGUGUCUGCGAAAUCAUCCGCUCUCUAGUAUGGGUAGAAUUGGAAUUUUGUAAAACUCCCAACUCUCCAUUCAUUUUUUCUGCUUCUUGAUUUUUUUGUUGAUUUGUUGGUUGUUAUUUACUCUGAAAAUAAUUUGUGGUAAUGAAUUCAUUAUUCUCAA